GAGUACCUAACUUCCUCAGCCCUGAAAACGAACCCCACUCCCCCACAAAUCAUGCGAUAUGAAAUCGUGUCUUUCUCAGCCUCGCGCAAGGCUCCCUCAGAAACAAAAUAAAACAAAACCACCUAUCCUCCUCCCGACCUUUCUUUCCUCUACAAUUCCACACCCAACCCAAAACCCCAUCAAUAAGAAAUGCACCACCCAUCCCACGCCUCACCAUGAAAAGCAACUCACCCCUCCGUCCCAACAGCAGCACCCUCACCCCCCUCGAAACCCUCACCCACCUCUCCCUAACCCUCCUCUGCAUAUCCCUCCUCCUAAAAACGCUCUCUCGAGAAAAUGGGGAACCGCUCUUCGCCUCCCUCGCCUUCAGCGGUAUCGCUUUUUCUUCUACUUACAGCAUGAUUCGCUGGCUUGGACCUACAUUUCUGCGCGCUGGUCUUAAGGGUCGCGAUCUCUCGAAGCGGGAUCGGAGGGAGGUUCCUGAGACGAUGGGGGCCGUGUGCGCUGUGGUGUAUUUGUUGGUUGUUAUUGUUUUUAUUCCGUUUCCGUUCUAUAAGGAUAUUGUGGCUGCGACAAGUGGGGGUGGGAAUAGGGAUGUAGUUAGGGAGAUGGAGAUGGAGGUUGGGGAUGUGGUGCAGAAUGGGAGGUUUUUGCAUCGGUUUCCGCAUAGCAAGGUGAGCGUUUUUUAUUGUGUUUGAUUUGUGAUUUGUGAUGGGUUGCGAUGUCUGGGGUUGUUCAAUGGCAUUUUCUGUGGGAUUGUUUCCUUGCGUUGGAGAGGUGAAGAUUAUAUAUACUGACAAAAUUAAACAGCUAGCAUCCUAUCUUUCCGCGGUUCUUUCCCUCCAAUCAGUAGUAAUUCUUGGAAUUGGCGAUGAUCUCUUCGAUAUCCGCUGGCGCCAUAAAUUUUUCAUUCCCGCCAUUGCCAGUAUCCCUAUUUUGAUCGUCUAUUUUGUCGAUUUCGGCGUUACCCAAAUCGUCAUACCAAUUCCCCUGCAACCCUAUCUGGGCGAGCUUUUCCAACUCGGUCCCCUUUACUACAUCUACAUGGCUGGGAUCGCCAUCUUCUGCCCCAACAGUAUCAACAUCCUCGCGGGCAUAAACGGCAUCGAAGUGUCCCAAUCCCUCGUCAUCGCGCUCCUCCUCGUCCUAAACGACACCCUCUACCUCCUAACACCCUACCCCCACCCAGCAACCGACUCGCAUCUCUUCUCCCUCUACAUGCUCCUCCCCUUCAUCGGAGUCUCCCUCGCCCUCCUCUCGCACAACUGGUACCCCUCCUCCGUCUUCGUAGGCGACACGUACUGCUAUUUCGCCGGCAUGGUCUUCGCCAUCUGCGGCAUCCUAGGUCAUUUCUCCAAAACGCUCCUCCUCCUCCUCAUCCCCCAAACCUUCAAUUUCCUCUACAGCACCCCGCAACUCUUCCACCUAAUCCCCUGUCCCCGCCACCGACUCCCCCGCUACAACCCACACACCAAUCUCCUCGAACCCUCCAUCACCCCUUGGCCCCAACCUCCCAAACCGCACCAAGCAGCGCUCCUCCACCUCCUCCACAAACUGCGCCUCCUUUCCCUCACAUUCAACAACGAAGGCAGAAUAAUCGAAAGCAGUAAUUUCACCCUCUUGAAUCUAUGGCUCGUAUGGUUUGGUCCCAGGAGAGAAGAUCGCUUAGCCUUGGAAAUCUUGGCCAUGCAGACUAUCUGUGGAUUGUUCGGCUUGUUUGUGAGACAUCGGUUGGCGUUGUUAAUUUUCCAGAGUGAUAAUUUGAGCGUGUAGAUUUUUUUCUUCUGGGGUUAUGUUUUUAUGGGGAACGCGAGGGGGUGCAUAAUUGGGGAAGGAAGGGGGAUUGGUACAUAUUUAUAAUUU